GCUCCCUUAAACGCCCAAGACCUCUCCACUCAGAAUAGACGGAUCCCCUCCCCUUUAGAGAAAUAGCUGCCCCUCCUUCCUCUCAAACGAACCCCUUAGACCCCCAAAACCCUAGCCGCCGCUGCUUUCUCCCUCCUCAUUCCCUCCUUUGUUCGUUCUCUUCACUUCACCCACACAGAAAUCUCUCAUAAAACAAAGCUAAAAAAGAGUUCUGCAUUCAAAACAAAAAAAUCUGAGUUCCAGAUUUGAAAAAACCAAAAAGAAUUCCCAUAAACAAAACAAACGAUCAAAAAGGGAAUUCGAAGCUGUUGGAUUGAAGAGCCUGUUGUUUGUUGCUGGAAUCGUUUCCCUCAAGUUGCCGAGUUUCAUCUCUACAACUUCAGACCUUCAUUUGGUUGAGUUCAUUCGUUUUUUCUACUAUUAGGCAAGGAUGAUGAAAAGUAAAACCCCAUGGAAAAUUAAAACCCCACAGAAAGGAAGAAUCAGAAGGGAGCUUGAAAAACGUGCUCCUAAACUGGUUGAAACUGGGAAAAAGACAUUGAUAUUACAUGGUACAAAAACAAGCCAAGUGUUGAAUGAGGUGAUGACUGAAAUUUACCAUUUGAAGAGGGAUAAUUCUGUUAAAUAUACCCGGAAGAAUGAUAAUGUUAGACCAUUCGAGAGCGGGGGCGAGGCUUCUUUGGAUUUUUUCUCUCUUAAGACAGAUUGUAGCCUUUUUGUGUAUGGUUCUCACUCCAAAAAGCGCCCUAACAAUCUUGUUAUUGGGCGAACCUACGACCACCAUAUUUACGAUCUUGUAGAAGUAGGAGUGGAAGAGUUCAAAAGCAUGAAGUCUUUCAAAUAUGAUAAGAAUUUGGCUCCUAAAAUUGGGUCAAAGCCCUUUUUUACCUUUAUUGGAGAAGGAUUUGAGAGUGUUGAAGAGUUGAAACAUUUAAAAGAAGUUUUGCUUGAUCUAUUCCAUGGAGAGGUUGUGACCAACUUGAACCUUGCUGGGUUAGAUCGUGUAUAUGUAUGUACAGCUGUGUCGCCAAAAAAGGUUUUCUUGACCCAUUGUGCUCUGCGGUUAAAAAAAUCUGGCACAGUAGUUCCAAGAAUAGAAUUAGUGGAGGUUGGCCCGUCCAUGGACUUAGUAGUUCGGCGACAUCGUCUCCCUGAUGACAGUUUGAAGAAAGAAGCUAUGAAAACUUCUCUUGAUAAAGCAAAGAACAAGGAGAAAAAUGUUGUCAAAGAUGCCAUUCAAGGAAAAUACGGGAAGAUUUACAUUCCUGAUCAGAAGGUUGGAAGUGUGGCACUGCCUCACAAAGCAAAAGGAGUUAAAAGGGAGCGUAGAGAAGCUAAGUUGAAACAUGUGACAGACCAGCCUGAAGAAAAGAAACAGAAGCUGGAUUCUGAGUGAUUUUCAAUUCCAAACUUCUGCAGUGUGAUGCUCUUCUGCUGAGUCAAAUCAAUUUUGUUCUAUCUCCUUUGCUUAUAUGCCUUAGGCUCAAUGCAUAUCUGGGUCUAACCUCAGCGAAUGAAUGAUCGCAGCAGGUUCUCUGAAUUUCUACGUUGAGAGUAGUCUAAUCCCAGCUUUCUGUGAACCAAAGGCCGGAUCAUUGUUGUCAAAAAUAUCAACCUCCCGCUUUCUGACCUCAGAGCGAUGGUUCUCACUGUUAUUUUAAUUUUUCUUAUGUUUGAAACCCAUUAUGUGAAUUUUCACCAUUUGGUAUAUUUGAUGCGUUACUAGUUAUUUGGAAAAUUUUCCUCUA